AUGCAAUCGCUCUCAGUAAUUUCAGCAAUCACGUCCUUUUCCUGCUCUAUUGCAAAAGGAAUAGGUAUUGCUGCUAAUCUGUCCAACUUUAGUAAAGACCUGGUGAGUGAUGGUGGGCUAAAGAAGGGUAUCUUUAGAGUUGUUGGGCUAAAGAAGCUAGGGUCUAAAUUUCUUUUUGGCAACAAUACACCUGGAAAUCUCUUGACAGGGUUUGGGUUCUUCAAGCCCUAUUGGCUCAUCGAUUUGGCAAAUGCUUGCAUUGUUCUUCAUUUGUUGGGACGAUAUCAGCUGUCAGAGAACAAGAAGAGCUUUCUGAAAGAGGCCACCAAUUCCAGGAAGGCAGGAGAUAGCACUCCAGUUGAUUGGGAAGGAAGCAGUAGGCCACAACAGCUUCAUGUCAAUACAGAAAUCACCAGAGAAAAACAAUAUCUUAAACAACCUAUCCAUAAGCAGAGUGGGUAG